AUGGCCGACGUGAAGCCUCCCAGCGGCAAACUGCCUUACGGCACUCCAGAGGGUGGAUGGAAAGCCGUCCACACAUGGAGAACCCCGGACUGGGUAGAACCGAUCCUUAUUGUUUCCAUCAUGCUCAUCGGCUUGUACGCCAGCCGCCGCAAGAACUACUCGAUCCUUCGCCGAGACAAGGCGACAUACGAGCCCCUCUUCGAAGAACGUGACGACUCUCCUCGCUUCUCAGACGACUCGUACGAACCCAUCCGCACCGAUCCCUACCCGCCCAAAUAUCGCACAAUCUUUGGUUGCUUCCGCGUCAAGACUCCUAACUCGAGCCGCUUCGCGAGACACAUCCAUUCGAGGAUCCUGCAAAAGUUUCCCUUCCUCAUUGAAAUGUUCUACUGGGCCAUCACCUUCUUCUUCUACCGCAUGACCGCCACAUUGGCCCAGAGCUACUACGGGAGCCGAAAGGCCGUCUGGGACGUCGCUCAGGAGCACGGGCUAUUCUUGCUAGAGACCGAGGCCAAGUUCUUUGGUGAGGGCACCAGGACCGGUCCUGAGCGCUGGGUUGAAUGGCGCGUCUCGCACUGGUUUCUCGAGGGCGCUCAAAUCGACGACUUUCGCGGUAUCUGGCUGACUGUUUUGAACCGCGGCUACUCCCUCAUUCACAUCCCCGGCACCGUCGGCUUCAUCGCCUACUACUACGCCAUGGCGCCAACGCAUGCUCGCUUCUGUACCGUUCGCCGCACCAUGACAUUGCUCAACAUGUGUGCCUUCAUCAUCUUCAUCUUCUACCCCUGUGCGCCCCCGCGCUUGAUGCCCUCCGAGUACGGCUUCGUCGACACGGUCAAUCUCGAGAAUGCCGAGAGUGUCUGGAUGAGUGGAAAGUUUGUCAACAAGCUCGCUGCCAUGCCGAGUAUGCACUUUGGCUAUGCGUUUGCCAUCGGCUGCGUCUUCAUUGUUGACUCGGCCGUUCUUAACCAUCUUUUCGGUCGCCUGCGCAACUACCUGCUCAAGGAUGACUUGGAUAAGUCGCUGGAUAUCGAUGAUGUCGAGGUGAAGGAAGCCCAGGAGAACCGCGAGCCCUGGAAGAGCUGGGCCAUGUUCGCUUUUGGCGUCUUUUACCCGAGUUGGAUUCUCUUGACCAUCGUCGGGACAGCCAACCACUAUCUCAUGGACGCUUUCGUCGCUACCUUUUGCGCAUUGGCGGCCUACCUCUGCAACCGCGCCCUGCUGGUUUUCCUGCCCGCAGAGGACAUGCUGCUUUGGGCCUGGAGACUGGAGAAACCGGUGCCGACUACCGGCCGCAUGAAGAACAUUGCGGUGCGUUAG